CUUCAGUCCCACUUAUAUCAAAAAAAUCCAGUGAGGUUGCCAAAGCAUUCAGGAAAAUUUAUGAUAACUCUAAUAACCCUCUUACAUACCUGACACUUUUACAAUGUGAUAAUAGUAAAGAAUGGGCAGGACAGACAAGCCAAUUAAUGAAAGAAUACAGUGUA